AUGAUGGAGAAAGCCUGUACGGAUGCACAGUGGUCUGCACAUGCCAAGACUUACAGUUCUAUCUUCGGUUCUUUAACUGCUCGCUGGGCUGUCGAUUCGCUACAAAUUGCGUGUCAUAAUAUCCUCGAGAAGCUUCAGCAGCACGAAAUGAAGAAUUCUGGUGACCCUUUUCACUUCCUAGACGUUGGCUGUGGCCCCGGUAUUCUAAGCUUUGAGUUUGCACGUCGAUUUCUCACUCUUCCGACGGGGAUUCGUAUCACUGCUUCGGAUCUGUCCGAUGCCAUGUUGCAACAGUUGAAUACAGCGCUGAAAGAGGACCCAACGUUGCGUCUUUUUAGUCCGAAAAUCACCACGUUGCAAUCUGACGGGAUGAUGCUAGAGCAAGUACUCGAUGCAUCAGUUGAUGUAGUUGGAUCCAACUUUGGAUUAGGCAUUUUUCCCAAUCGCACCAAAGGAUGGGCGACAGCUUGUCGUGUUCUAAAAGAAGACGGCCUCUUGGUCGUCACGAUGUGGAGUGAUCAAAGUUCGCAGAUGGUCUGGUUUAAUCAGAUCACAGACAUGUUCAAUGCUAUCGGAGCUGAAGGAGACCCGCUAGUAAAUUUGUCAUUGCUCGACGAGACGGAUCGAGAGAGAGUGCUGGAGGAGCUACAAGCUGCAGGAUUCAGAGAUGUCAAGGUGUACCGUACGACGCACACAAUCGUGUUCGAUGAUCCGAAGGCGGUUGUGCAAGCAAACAUGAGCAACCCUUUUGCAGCCAAAUACUUGGAAAGGCUGACGAAGGAGCAGAUGAAAACGACUCUGACCGAGCUGAUGGAAAAAGAUGCUCAAGAAAACGUUUGGCAGAAAGAAGGACCUUCUACGACGGAGAGUGCGAAUCCGUUCUCUGAUGGGUGUCCACGUUUGAUCCCCUUUACAGCGUACACUAUCGUCGCGCGCAAGUCAAGUGGCAAUUGA